AAAGGAGUUUAAGUUAUCAUCUUGUGCGAGAAAAACUGCGAAUACGUUACGGUUGAGAAUGACAAUGCAAAAGUGCGCGUGAACUAUUUGUGUAUUGUGUGUUGCCUUCAUCUGUGGAAUACCAAUUUGUGUGCAAACCAGUCAUUCUGAAUGUGGCGGUGAAGGAUUCAUUCCAAAGGUGAAAAAUGGCUGCGAUCGCAUGGGCGAUGGUCGCCCUGCUGGGCGCAGUCCACGCCGGUGGCUCCAACACCACUAGUAGUCAAAAACAGUCCGUGUCGGUGAUACCACACGACGCGCAUCCCGGUUAUAGCAUAACCAAAUUCGACGCCGACCAUGCGCUCAACUACAAACUCAUGGAGAACGGAUUCUCGCAGUUCUUCACCAUGCUGCAGGACGGAUCUAUAAUGACCAUCUCGGAUCUCAGUCCGCUGGUAAACCGACCGAUUGAUCUCACUGUCCUAGCGGAAAGUGCAAAUCAUACCACCACAACACAUACACUGCAACUCUAUGUGUUGGAUCGUCGGAAUAUGCUGAGUUUCCGAACGGAUAGUGUUGAUAUCACAGGCAGAGUGGUUGAAAAUGAUCCAGCACAUCAACGGGUAUCAGGUGUUCCUAUGUUAGCAGCCACGGCGGGUCUCAACAUGCUUCCCAUCACCUAUAGCAUCAUUGGUGGUAAUACCGGACUUGCUUUUGAGUUACAACAUAGCAAAACAGAGGAAACAAACAACAAUAUCACAGUUAAAGAAGCAGAUGCAGGAGUUUACAUUGUGACAUCACAAGUAUUAGAUCGUGAGGAUGUGGAUAGAUAUGUCCUGACCAUCCAGGCGACAGAUUCCACUGGAAUAAACAAAGCUGUGACUAAUGUUGUGAUUGUCGUCGAGGAUGAAAACGAUAACAGUCCGGUAUUCACUCAAAAAGUCUACAGGUUUGUCGUGGGAGAUGAUUCCAUCGAUGGGGACAACGUGACAACCCAAUGGAAACGAUUUUCUUUAAUCGGAAAGGUUGAGGCUACAGAUGCUGAUGGUGAUAAGGUUGCUUAUCGCCUGGUAACACCCAGUAACUUUUUAGUCAUUGUCCCACAAACUGGGGAUCUUUUAUUGACUGAGGAACCUGCUGAGGAGGUUGAGUUGCAGUUGGUUGUGGAAGCUCAUGAUCUACGCACGCCUAGUAGGACAUCACCACGACCCGCACAGGUUAUCUUUCAUUAUAAACCACCGGUGCCACCUAAGGUCGACUUGGAUUUAGAUUUACAAUCAUUGGAGAAUGUUGAAUUGCAUCGUACUAAACGUAGAGUGACCAGAGCGGUGAGACCCACAAAGAGAAUUGAGUUUACUGAGUCGGAUGGUGAAACAGAAGGCAGGAAUGUCUUUCAACUUGAAAAGGAAACAGAUCGGGAGACGUUCAAGAUUAGAGAUGAGAAUCCAUGGGUUACUGUGGAGCCCAAUGGGGCGGUGAGGGUCAAACGCAAGUGGGACUAUGAGGAGUUGGGACCGGAGAAGACUAUUGACUUUUGGGUUACGAUUACCAACGCAGAGAAAGGCGAUACUGACAAUCAACGUGUGAUUAUCCACGUCCGAGAUGUCAAUGAUGAACCACCAUACUUCAUCAACCGUCCAUUGCCGAUGCAAGCCGUGGUCCAGCUCAACGCACCUCCAAACACGCCGGUUUUCACGCUGCAGGCACGCGACCCCGACACGGAUCACAAUAUCCAUUACUUCAUCGUCCGCGACCGAACUGGCAACCGUUUCGAGGUGGACGAACGCUCCGGUGUGGUGCGAACACGCGGCACCGACCUCUUCCAGCUGGAUAUGGAGUACGUGCUCUAUGUGAAGGCAGAGGAUCAGAACGGACGUGUGGACGAGCGGCGGUUCCAGUCAACGGCCGAGGAACGCCUAUCGAUUGUGGGCGGCAAGCGUGCGCCACAAUUCUAUAUGCCUAGCUAUGAGGCAGAGAUUCCUGAAAAUCAGAAAAAGGAUUCCGACAUAAUCUCGGUGAAAGCGAAGUCCUUCGCCGACCGCGAGAUCCGCUACACCCUGAAGGCACAGGGCCAGGGUGCUGGUACGUUCAACAUUGGCCCAACUUCCGGUAUUGUGAAACUCGCCAAGGAGUUAGACUUCGAGGACCUCCGUCAGCCGCACGUUUACUCGCUGGUGGUAACUGCGACUGAAGAUUCCGGUGGUUUCUCCACUUCGGUUGAGCUCACGAUUCGAGUGACGGACGUCAACGACAACGCCCCGAAAUUCGAACUCCCUGACUACCAAGCGCAUAAUAUCGAUGAGGAUUACCCGCCGGGCACGACCAUCUUGAAAGUCAAGGCGAUGGAUGCCGACAGCGGUGCCAAUGCUGAAAUCGAUUACAGUGUCUCGGAUGAUCACUUCAGCGUGGAUCCCAGUGGAAUUAUCUCAAUCAAUAAGCAAUUGGAUGCUGAUAAUAACAACGCUUAUUAUGAAUUUAUUGUCACGGCUAAGGAUAAAGGUGAACCGGCAAAGACUGGAACUGCUACUGUUCGAGUAUACACCAAGAACAAGAAUGACGAAGAGCCUAAAUUCUCACAGCAAGUGUACACACCAAAUGUUGAUGAAAAUGCUGGGCCUAACACUCUCGUAACGACUGUAGUUGCUUCUGAUAAAGAUGGUGACAAUGUAAGAUUUGGUUUUGUUGGAGGCGGUACCAGUUCAGGCCAGUUUGUCAUUGAAGAAAUUACUGGUGUAAUUCGAUUGCACGGUAAAGCAAUCACGUUAGAUAAAGAUAAAUAUGAACUGAAUGUCACCGCUAUGGAUGACGGUGCGUGUUGCGCCAAUGGAGAUCAAACAAUUCAUACUAGCACUGCUGUUGUUGUUGUUUUCAUCACUGACGUCAACGACAACAAACCGAUCUUCAACGAUUGUGGCACAUACUACCCGAAAGUAGAAGAAGGUGCACCUAACGGAUCACCAGUCAUCAAAGUACACGCCACAGACGAAGAUAAAGGUGUUAAUGGACAAGUAAAGUACUCGAUUGUACAACAACCCAAUCAGAAGGGUACAAAGUUCACUGUCGACGAGGAAACAGGCGAAGUUUCAACAAAUAAAGUGUUUGAUCGAGAAGGUGACGAUGGAAAGUUUGUGUCUGUCACUGUCAAGGCCACAGAUCAAGGAGAACCAUCACUGGAAGGCGUUUGCUCUUUCACCGUCGAGAUUACGGACGUUAAUGAUAAUCCACCAUUGUUUGAUCGACAGAAAUAUGUGGAGAAUGUGAAGCAGGACGCGAGCAUUGGCACGAACAUUCUGCGCGUGUCGGCGUCGGACGAGGAUGCCGACAACAACGGUGCCAUCGUGUACACGCUCAACGCCGGACCCAAUCAUCAGGACCUCGAAUACUUUGAGAUCCAACCGGAGUCCGGCUGGAUCGUACUCAAGAAGCCGCUCGACAGAGAAACGUACAAGCUGGAGGCCACCGCGCAAGACAAAGGUUAUCCGCCGCUAUCACGUUCGGUGGAGGUGCAAAUCGAUGUCGUGGAUCGGGCGAACAACCCACCCGUAUGGGACCACGUGGUCUACGGGCCGAUCUACAUACGAGAGAACCUCCCGGUCGGGGCAAAGGUCGUGUCGGUGAAAGCCAGCUCCGGCAUCGAGAAUAACCCCACAGUGUUCUACCGGCUGAUGCCCGGCUCCACGGCGCAGACCAACAAGUUCCACACGUUCUAUCUCCAACAACGGCCGGAGAACGGCUUCACGUGGGCUGACAUCAAGGUCAAUCAUCCGCUGGACUUUGAGAGCAUUAAGGAGUACAAUUUGACGAUUCGUGUUGAGAACAAUGGCGCUCAACAAUUGGCCUCGGAAGCAACUGUUUAUAUUAUGCUUGAGGAUGUCAACGAUGAAAUCCCGCUAUUCACGGAACGUGAGCAGGAAACUGUCUUGGAAGGUGAACCAAUUGGUACAAAGGUCACCCAAGUUAAUGCCAUUGAUAAAGAUGGAACUUUCCCUAAUAAUCAAGUGUAUUACUUUGUGGUGGAUUCAUCCCGGAAUGAAGGCAAAGACUACUUUGAAAUCAAUCAGCAGACUGGUGAAGUCUUCACAAAAGUGGUGUUCGAUCGUGAGAAGCAAGGAGCCUACGCAUUGGAAGUGGAAGCUCGAGAUGGUGCCCCCUCGGCGCGUCCAAACAGCGACAACCAUCCGAAUUCAGUAACCAAAUUUAUCCGUAUUGGAAUCGCCGAUAAGAAUGACAAUCCACCGUACUUCGAUAAGGCGCUCUACGAGGCGGAGGUGGACGAGAAUGAAGAUAUUCAACAUACCGUUCUCACCGUCACCGCCAAAGAUCACGAUGAGUCCUCCCGUAUUCGAUACGAGAUCACAAGCGGUAACAUAGGCGGCGCGUUCGCUGUUAAGAACAUGACGGGUGCCAUCUACGUUGCCGGCGCAUUGGAUUACGAGACGCGAAAACGGUACGAACUGAUAUUGACGGCGUCGGACACGCUCAACGAAAACUACACCAAAGUGCGGAUACACGUCAAAGACGUCAACGAUCACAAGCCGGUGUUUAACGACUCCCUGUACGAAGCGAACAUCGCGGAGGAACUGCUCGGCGCGUAUCCGCUCAGUCUCAUGCAGGUGACGGCGACCGACGGCGAUAAGGACCGGCCGCAGAAUAUCGUCUACUUCUUGACCGGCCAGGGCAUCGAUCCGGACAAUCCCGCCAACAGCAAGUUCGACAUCAACCGCACCACCGGCGAGAUAUUCGUGUUGAAGCCACUGGACCGCGACCAGCCCAACGGACGGCCCCAAUGGAGAUUCACGGUGUUCGCACAGGACGAAGGCGGCGAGGGUCUCGUGGGCUAUGCUGAUGUGCAGGUGAACCUCAAGGACAUCAACGACAACGCGCCCAUCUUCCCCCAGGGUGUGUACUUUGGCAACGUCACCGAGAAUGGUACAGCUGGCAUGGUGGUGAUGACGAUGACCGCGGUGGAUUACGAUGAUCCGUCAGAGGGCACCAACGCACGAUUGGUUUACUCUAUUGAGAAAAAUGUCAUCGAAGAAGAAACAGGUUCUCCGAUUUUCGAGAUUGAGUCCGAGACUGGUGUCAUUAAGACGGCUGUGUGUUGCUUGGAUCGCGAACGUACUCCUGAUUAUUCCAUACAGGUUGUCGCGAUGGACGGUGGGGGGUUAAAGGGUACAGGGACAGCUUCGAUACGUGUGAAAGAUAUAAACGAUAUGCCGCCGCAGUUUACUAAAGAUGAGUGGUUUACCGAGGUGGACGAGACUGAUGGAGUAAACCUUCCCGAAAUGCCGAUUCUGACAGUAACCGUGCAUGACGAGGAUGAGACGAACAAGUUCCAGUACAAGGUGAUUGAAAACAGUGGUUACGGUGCGGACAAAUUUACAAUGGUGCGCAAUAACGACGGCACCGGUUCGCUGAAAAUCGUUCAGCCUCUUGACUACGAAGAUCUCCUGCAGAGCAACGGUUUCCGUUUUCGAAUACAGGUGAACGACAAGGGCGAAGACAAUGACAACGAUAAAUACCACGUAGCUUACUCGUGGGUGGUUGUCAAGCUGCGUGACAUUAACGAUAACAAACCCCAGUUUGAACGGCCGAAUAUUGAAGUGUCAGUUUUUGAAAAUGCCGAGGUGGGAAAAAGUUUAGAAACUUUCAAGGCGACCGAUCCGGACCAGGGUGGUAAGAGUAAGGUCUCGUAUGCCAUCGAUCGUACAUCAGAUAGAAAGCGGCAAUUCUCAAUUAAUCAAGAAGGCACUGUUAGCAUUCAGCGUUCCCUGGAUAGGGAGGACACUCCUCGGCAUCAGGUCAAAAUUCUUGCGAUUGAUGAUGGAGUUCCACCGAAAACUGCCACCGCCACACUGACCGUUAUCGUGCAGGACAUCAACGACAAUGCGCCGUCCUUCCUGAAAGAUUACCGCCCCGUUCUUCCUGAACACAUUCCACCCCGGAAGGUGGUGGAGAUAUUGGCAACCGAUGAUGACGACCGGUCCAAGAGCAACGGCCCACCGUUCCAAUUCCGGCUGGACCCCGGCGCGGAUGAUAUUAUUCGAGCGUCGUUCAAAGUCGAACAGGAUCAAAAGGGUGCCAACGGUGACGGUAUGGCGAUCGUGUCGUCGCUGCGCUCGUUUGAUCGCGAGCAGCAAAAGGAAUAUCUAAUUCCGAUUGUGAUCAAGGAUCACGGUAACCCUGCGAUGACGGGUACUAGCACGCUGACCGUUGUGAUUGGUGACGUCAACGAUAACAAAAUGCAGCCCGGGUCGAAAGAUAUUUUCGUGUAUAACUAUCAAGGCCAAGCGCCGGAAACUGAAAUUGGGCGCGUGUACGUGUAUGACCUGGACGAUUGGGACUUGCCGGAUAAGAAAUUCUACUGGGAGGGUACGGAACAUCCGCGUUUUAAACUCAAUGAAGACACCGGUAUGAUAUCAAUGAAGCACGGCACGCGCGACGGGAAAUACCACCUGCGGUUUAAGGUCUACGAUCGUAAGCACACGCAGACCGAUGUACCCGCAAACGUCACAGUUACUGUCAAAGAGAUACCACACGAAGCGGUGAUAAAUUCGGGCUCGGUGCGGAUAGCGGGUAUCACAGACGAGGACUUCAUCCGGAUAUGGAACUACAAAACGCAGUCGCUAUCAAAGAGUAAGGCGGAGAAGUUUAAGGAUAAAAUUGCGGAACUGUUGAAAACCGAGCGCGAAAAUGUGGAUGUGUUUAGUGUGCAGCUAAGGAGGAAACAUCCGCCUGUGACGGAUGUGAGAUUCAGUGCACGCGGGACGCCCUUCUUCAAACCCGUCCGUCUAAACGGUAUUGUAUUGAUGCAUCGUGAGGCUAUCGAACGCGAGGUGGGUGUAAACAUCACAAUGGUGGGAAUUGAUGAAUGCCUCUACGAGAAUCAAAUGUGCGAGGGCUCGUGCACCAACACGCUGGAUAUCAGUGCCUUGCCGUACAUGGUCAAUGCUAACAAGACCUCACUAGUGGGCGUGCGCGUAGAUGUAUUAGCAGAAUGUACCUGUGGCGCAAGGAACUUUAGCAAAGAGGAAAACUGCCGCAACAACCCGUGUUACAACGGUGGACGGUGCAUGGAAACCCGCUAUAGUUUGACAUGUUCCUGCCCAGCUGGGUACAACGGACCACGUUGCCAGCAAACAUCAAGGAGUUUCCGAGGAAAUGGUUGGGCUUGGUAUCCACCUCUGGAAAUGUGCGACACAUCGCACUUGCACUUUGAGUUUGUCACCAAGAAGCAAGAAGGUUUGCUGUUGUACAACGGCCCGAUUGUUCCUCCAGAACCAGAUGAGGAAUUGGUCUCUGACUACAUUGCAGUUGAGUUAGAGAAGGGUUACCCACGUUUGCUCAUUGACUUUGGAUCUGGUACUCUUGAACUUCGGGUAAAGACAAAGAAAACUCUUGAUGAUGGCGAAUGGCAUAGGUUGGACAUUUUCUGGGACACAGAAAAUGUGCGCAUGGUUGUUGAUUUUUGCAAGUCAGCGGAUAUUGCCGAAUUGGAAGAUGGCACUCCACCGGAGUUUGAUGACAGCAGUUGUCAAGCUCAAGGCACGAUACCGCCGUUCAACGAAUAUCUCAACGUAAACACCCCGUUGCAAAUCGGAGGGCUAUUUGUCGAUCAGUUUGAUCCGUUGACGUACCACUGGCAAUCUAUGCCCGCUGCGAAGGGAUUUGAUGGUUGCAUUCGUAAUCUAUUCCACAAUUCAAAGCUUUACGACCUGGGCGUUCCCGGCUUGUCGCGGAAUAGUGUUGGGGGCUGCCCCCAGACCGAGGAGAUGUGCGGUCGUUCUGACACCACAUCGCGCUGCUGGGAGCAUGGCACGUGCAUUGGUUCUUUCAACGAGGCUAAAUGCCACUGCAAGCCUGGUUGGACGGGUCCGGCAUGCACGAUACCGACGAUUCCGACCUCGUUCAAACCACAAUCGUAUGUAAAGUACGCGCUUAGCUUCGAGCCCGAUAGAUUCAGCACGCAGAUUCAGCUGCGAUUUAGGACCCGUGAAGAGCACGGCGAACUCUUCCGCGUUUCCGACCAGCAUAACCGCGAGUACGGUAUUUUGGAAAUCAAAGACUCUCGCCUUCAUUUCCGCUACAACCUGAAUUCUUUGCGUACCGAAGAGCGCGACAUUUGGUUGAGCGCGGUCGCCGUGGAUGAUGGGCAAUGGCACGUUGCGCGGGUCAGCAGAUACGGAUCAGCCGCCACGUUGGAGCUGGAUGGUGGAGAAGGACGUCGCUACAAUGAGACCUUCACGUUCGUGGGUCACCAAUGGUUGCUAGUCGACAAGCAGGAGGGAGUUUACGCUGGUGGCAAAGCGGAGUACACCGGCGUGCGGACGUUCGAGGUCUAUGCGGAUUAUCAGAAAGGAUGCUUGGACGAUAUCAGGCUGGAGGGCAAGCACUUACCGCUGCCGCCGGCGAUGAACGGCACGCAAUGGGGUCAGGCGACGAUGGCGCGCAACCUCGAGAAGAACUGCCCGUCCAAUAAGCCCUGCGCGAACGUGAUCUGUCCGGAGCCAUUCGAGUGCGUCGAUCUGUGGAACGACUACGAGUGCACUUGUGGAGAGGGGCGGGUCAUGUCUCCUGAUAGCAAGGACUGCAUGGAUAAGGACGAGUGCCUCGACUUGCCCUGUCUGAACGGCGGCACUUGCAUCAACCAGGAGCCGCGGCUGCGCUACCGCUGCAUCUGUCCGGAUGGUUUCUGGGGCGAGAACUGCGAGCUUAUUCAGGAGGGCCAGACGCUCAAGUUGAGCAUGGGCGCGCUCGCCGCCAUUCUCGUCUGCUUGCUCAUCAUACUCAUCCUCGUCUUGGUAUUCGUGGUGUACAACCGGCGACGCGAGGCGCAUAUCAAGUAUCCGGGGCCCGACGACGACGUGCGCGAAAACAUCAUCAAUUACGACGACGAGGGCGGCGGUGAGGACGACAUGACCGCCUUCGACAUCACCCCCCUGCAGAUACCAAUCGGCGGGCCGCUGCCGGAGCUCGCACCACCCAAAAUGUCAUUUAACAUCAUGAGCAUGGCACCCGGACAGGAGCCCAACGUUGGCGUCUUCAUCGACGAGCACAAGAAGCGCGCCGACAGCGAUCCGAACGCACCGCCCUUCGACGAUUUGAGGAAUUACGCCUACGAGGGCGGCGGUAGCACAGCUGGUUCUCUCAGCUCUCUCGCCUCAGCUGGAUCGGACGAUGAACAGCAGGAGUACGACUACCUGGGCGCUUGGGGACCGCGCUUUGACAAGCUGGCUGACAUGUACGGCCCCGGGGAAGAGACUGAACAGGAGGAAUAAAUCACAACAUCAACCCCCGCGACGCACUUGCGACUUUGCGUCGAAAUUUGAUACUCAACACUCGAAACCAAAAAUGAAGCCGAAGGCGCAAGGAAAGCUGAAUCCAAAAGUGUAACCAAAUAAUUUAAGCUGAAAAAGGAAACUCACGACGAGGCGCACGAUAAGGGCUAAAUAAUUGUGCGCGAUAAAUACUCGUAAUUAUGUGGAUGAAAUGGAUAUUGCAAACCAAGUACGAACGACAUUCCUCUCCAUCUUUCUUAGCUUACCGCGUGGCCGCCAUGUUCACGUGUUCCAUAAGACUGUUCUCUGCAGUUUCGCGACUGCGUUAUAUAAUUGUAGAAAAUUAUAUAUAUACAGACCACAACGUUAACAUUAUGAUUGCAUAAUGAAACACUUACGAACACUAACUUGUGACUGUGUUAGGUUUCUUACUUAAAAGUUUUUAACGUUUUUCAAGUUUGAAUUUGAAUGUCCACUGCCAUAUGCACCACUCUACUACCACGGUCAUUGUCUAGUUUAAUUGACUCAACUCGACACUUUACGACUGUUUUCCACGAGACAAGAGAGGCGUGUGCGUAGGUUAAUACAUUUUUGGUACGUCCUUUUUACAAAACUUCCGACUUGUUUUAAAAAAUGCUAAAAUUUCAACUAUCGCAUAGCCUAAGAAAUCAGUAAACAAUACAGCAUAAAGAAAAACCCGGAUUCGAAUGCAUACAUGCAUAAUAUUAUUGUUGUGAGUCUGUAAUGUUGCGUAUGUUUAACGACGAUGACGAAGAAAAAAACCCGGAAAAGUAAACGGGCCGCAAAACGAACAUCUCAAAAUGUAACGUUAAUUAAAUGCCAGUAUUCCUACCAACAAUGAUGAAAAUUGAACAUUUUAGUUGUAGUUGUACGAUGAUAAGGAUAAGAAGCACGAUAUUAAAAGUGGACGGGAGGGAGGGAAGCAGGAGGAACGAAGAUGAGCAAACAAGUCAUUACAUUCUAGGUCAAAUUACAGGUGUAGAGUAGUUUAACAAUGAAAUAUACAUAAAGAAAAAAAUAAUUAAUUAAUGAUAAGCGUAUGCGAGGUGCGUGAAUGUGCUGGAUUUUUCGAACGGACUAUUUAACGAUGAGGAAAACUUACACGUUUAAGAUGAAUUACCUAAUUAAUAUAAUAUAUGACUAACGAUAAAUGAUUUUAGCGGUGUGUGAUUGAUUCAGGUCGCACGAUCGGUGACAUAAGUAAGAGUAAAUUAAUUAUUUAUUGUAUAUAGCUCACAUUGAAUCACAUCGUUUUGAUAAUAGCACUGUGCAUCUCUUUGCAAGAAACCAAAAUACAAAGCAAGUAACUGAUGAUGUAUUUAAUUGCCAUGGACGUGAUAUAAUAAUGUUCGAGGCGUUUUUGUUAAGGAAAUUGACGAUCAUUCGAUGGGCUCACUAGAGGCAAGAUAAGCGCAAAAUGGAAACAAACGAGAAAAUACUUUCAGUGUUGUAGUUAUUAUGUAUAUAGUUUGCGAAUGGCGGAGCGAACGAUUGCAAGACACAAUUAUACACAUUCUCACUCACUCACUCACGCAUGUCACACACCCAGAUGACACACAGAUUGUAAAAUGUAAUGUUCAAAAAGACAUACAAGAAAUACCAGAGCGAAAGAACGGUUGCGAGUCCGUGCCAAUUAUCCUAUAACUUAAAUUAAUUACAUGUAACAACUUCUCGAAUGCUGUCUAAGUAAAUUUAAACAUUUAAAUUACAUUUACCAAUUAAUUACCAAUGAAUGGCGAAUGGGAUGAAAUUCGACAACUAAUAAUCUGUGUUUGCACUUGUGUAUUGUUUAAAGAUGUAUACUUAAUAUUUAUAUUAUAUAUAAACAACAUGAAUCUUAUGACGAACAAUCGCACUGAUCACAUCACGGCAAGAUCAGCAAAAGUUGUGCGACAUCAUUUGUUCAUAUUUCAUUCUCAUUGUGUGGAAAUGCAUUGAAUUCCACGUGCAAUUGCAUUCAUUGCGUUCAUUUUCAACUUUUUGAGUGAUUUCUAGUGAAAUUUUCUGAUUUUAUAUUGUCAAUGAUAUUGUAGAACGUAUGAACAUAUGAUUUGUAUGUAAUAUAUGAUUUCUAUUUGAGAAGAAUAUAUCUGCGAUCGUUUUCUUUACGCAUGAA